AAUGUUGUAAAAUAUUGGAAACUUAGCAAACAAUUUAAAAUAAGCAGUUGGAGCAGCAUUUAUAGCUCCUCCUAAAUAGUCUGUUUUCCUAACAAAAGGAAUGUUGACACCUGAAGAAUUUAUUAAUGUAAAAAAAUAUUUAAAUUAAUAUUAGGCUGGGGAUAGAUUAAUAAGUAAUGGAGGUAAUUGGAAAUGGUGUAAGGCAAUUAGUGAUUAAUAAAAAAACAAGUAUUUACCAGAUGACAAAUAAUUCUUAAUUCAAGAAAACAUCAUCUCUUAUAAGAGAAUAAAAGACUUAAAUAGAGGAGGCACGUUCACUGAAUAACAAGAGGGAGAGGAAGUUACAAUAAUUAGAUCAGAGGAAUAACCAGUUUAAGAGAUUACAUAAGGUUAGGAUAGAUAUUAUACUUUAUACAUUACUUAUGAUUUAUAUUAUUUCACUCCUAGAUUAUAUUUAAGUGGCAAAGUUGAUGAUAGACAAUUAACUUAUUAAGAAGUUAAAGAAGUAUAAUUUAAUUUAAUGUUUAAUAGGAUGUCUCUGGAGAGUAUGCUGAUAAAACUGUGACUGAAGAAUAAUUUAAUGAGUUAAAUAUAAAGCUGCCAACAAUUCAUCCUUGUAAACAUGCUGAUACUCUUAAAUUUUUUGUGGAUUAAAUGAGAGAGAAUGGAUGUCCUGAAGAGAAAAUACAUCCCGAUAAUUCUUUAACAAUAUUUUUGAAGUUCAUGAAUUCAGUCAUACCAACAAUAUAAUUUGACUUUGUUAACACAAUUGAGCUAUGAUU